GAGCGGCCAGGGAUGGGUGAACGAACCAGAAUCAUGUCCGGCCUCAGCGCCUCCGGCUCCGCCUCUGGUUCUGACCAACCCCUUACCCCCCUCGGUAAAGCUGCCCCCGCACCCGUGGGCCAAGCCUUCCGCCGCCUCGCCACAGCAACAAAUAUGUUCAAGAACGUCCACGCCCAAGACUUCCAACGCCGCACCGAAGAGGAAGCGAGCCGUUCGUUACCGUCUGAAGGCAGUGAUGGGGAUUUGGAGGAGGAUGAGGAAGAGGAUGAUGAUCAUGUUAUUGUUGGGUCGGAUGCUGAUGUGGAGGAUUUGAGGGGGAGGAAUAGAGAGUUGAGAGAGGAGGGGAGGCAGGGUGGUACUGGUGGUGAUGCACGGGGUGGGUCUGGGCAGGAUGGUAUUGGGAUGGGAUCGAGGAGGAGGGGGCCGGAUGAGAAUAAUGGCGCAUAGCGGUUUUGAUAUACUGCGGGUACGAUACCUACCAGGGUUUCUUGGCAUUGAUAUCAGGAAGGUAAAUUUGGGGACUCGUGGGAGG